GCCAAAUUAAAUUCCUUAUUUGUAUCUGCACGUCAAAUGACGUUGUCUCUUACCACCAACUUCAUGGACGCUCUCCGUGGGCAGUAUGAGGAGAUAAAUGAGCAUAUACGGUCUCUGAAAGCUAUACCCACCUUCAACCCAUUCCUUGGAUACAACGACGAUAUAGACAAUUUUACUGAUAAGACUAGUCUGGAUAGCUACAACAAAGAGCUGCAAUCUAUACACCUCAUACUAGAGAACUUCAAUGACAAACGAUUGAAGGAAAUCGCAAUGUCGACUUCUAACAAGAAGUUGUCCAAGGAGGACACAGAUUACCUCGAGGUGGUUCUACAAACCAUUUCAUCAUUCGAGUCAGCUGUACAAUUGGUCGCUAAGAAGCAUCUCAAUUUGCAACUCACUCACUUCAGACUAGUCUGGGAUCAACAGCGAGAGCAGUUCUCAAAACUCAUCACUAACUUCUCCUUUCUGCACUCAGAUAGGUGUCUACCAAUUGCUAUCGAUAUCCUCCACUCCUCCUCUAAUGCUGUUGAUGAAAUGGUCGAUCUCAACAAAGUGCCAGAAGCAUUAUUAGAUGAGCAAGAUAGACUUGAGAACUCUCUCAACCAGCUUAUAUCUCUCAUACAAGUAUAUAAAACACUCUUACAUCAUUUAUACCUCGAUUCGUGGCUUCAUACGUGCUCAUCUGCUCACCAAUUCGAGGACUUGAACUCAUUUCAACUCAUUAUUGACAACUCAGAUACUCUGAUUAAUAUGCACCCUCAAUUACACACUGUAAUCGACCAUUUGAAACAGAUUAGGUGUCAGUCAAGAACAAUGAUUUCAUUAAAACAUAAACACGAUCAUUUACUCGAUUUAACCCCAUCCAAAGAUUCACUUUCACAAUUUGCCGAAGAUUUGAAGCAAAUAAACUACCUGCCAUGUGACGGAUCCGAACUGUUCUCCCAAAUUAAUAAUCAAGUCAAGUAUGAUGCCAGUAAUUUCCUAGAAAAGCUCAAUUCGGAAUAUGUCAAGUACACUACCAUUUUAGAUAUCAGCAAGCAAGCUUGUACAAUGCUUAAAGAUCAAAACCCACUCGGACCUUUACCAACCCGUCAAUUUCAUUCAACACUCAUAAGACAUCUAGACGGAACACAAAGUGAUGCUGCACCAUUAAGUGAACUCAAGCGUGAGACGAAAGGCAAUCUCGACGGCCUUUUUAGUCUUUCGACUUCAAAAGAUCGCAUCGACGAAGCGGAUAAGAUCUUAUCACAGCUACUCAAUGCAAUCGACCAUCAUGAGAGUACACAAGAGCUACAAACUACUUUUGAUAACGUCCUGGAUAGCCUACCUAACCUGCACGACAAGCGUGUAUCUCAUCAUGUCAACCGUUUAAAAUCGACAUAUGAAGAAAUAAAUGAGAUGAUUCUCGACGACGAUUCAGCAUCUACAUCACAGAGGUCACUCAGACUUCGUUCAAGCUCUAUCGAAUCGUCUUCAAGUGCUUUAUCAAGUUUGAGCCUGAUAGACUAUAACAAACCGCGUGAGAGAACUUUAUCCUCUACAUCAACACACAGAAGGCUUUUCGAGGUAACACAUGAUGAGGAUAUACCACCUGUGCCACCAUUGCCAAGUGGAAAAGAUUGGUCGGCAAGUUUACUCAAUUUACCAGGUCCGACGCCGAGACCACGAGCGUCGAGUAGGUCAAAAGGAAAAGGAAAACCUAUUACGCCGACACUCAAGCCACCUGUGGAUGUUAAUGCCACUCCAGUGCGUAAACACUCACUCACAAAAGCCACGAUGAUGAGUAUAUCCCGACGGAAGAAUCGAGCGGUAUCAAAUCCUAUGCCAUCAAAAGCUCCAACGGAUGAAAAUACGGCUCCUAAGCGUGUACUAUCAAGUUCUAGUUCUGCGUCAUCGUUGAAACCACCUGCAACGAUCGAUGCUACGCCCUCGAGAAAAGCCAUCAGAAAGCGGAGUUCAACGUCUUUGUAUUCACACUCCUCACGCUCACCACGGAGGAGUCUGAAGAACGUCUACAAGGCUAAUCCGAAAUCUAAACUCGAUCUGGCUGUCGGAAGGGUUGUUAAUUCAUUACCACUGUCCGUCAAAAUAGAACGAGCUAAAGGUGCAACAUGUGAUUCUGGAAAGUAUUGGAUAGGUGCACCUGAUCCAAAGCUUUGUUUCUGUCGGAUUCUCAGAUCGAGUACGGUCAUGGUUCGUGUAGGAGGUGGCUGGGAGGAGCUAUCAAAAUUCCUAUUGACCCAUUUUUCUCAUCUAUUUGACACAAACAAUCAUUCCUCAAAUCUACUUCAAACGCCUUCAAAGGAUAGGACAAUUUCGCAAUCAACUUACAGUCCCUCAUCGCAUCUUUCACCAACACCAUCACCAUUCAUGUCACCAUAUAAAUAAAACUAACGAACUGGACAAUCGCAUUAUAUUGUAAAAAAGCUUUCCCUUUGUUUCUUAAAUUAUUAC